GGGUGCACAGUUGGCCUGCAGCUGUUGGCCUGCACCGGGACGAGGGAACGCCACAGGACGAAGAUGCGUGUGUCUCUGCUGGCCGUGGUGUUGCUGGCCGGAGCCUGCUGUGGGUAUGGGCCGCCGAGGAGGACCUCGACUGGGAGUGGAUCUUCAGGGAUUGGUUCUGGAGCAUUUGCCUCCAGUAGCGCAGGCAGUCAUGGCUCCUUAGGCACCUUUGCAACCAGCAGCGCAGGGGCUGGCACUGCUGGAGCGAGCUUCGGUUCUAGCACCUCUGGCACUGCCGGCGCAGGAUUCGGUUCUAGUGCCUCUGGAUCUGCCCAUGGAGUUGGUUCCACAGGCACUGGCUUUGGGGCUGGCACCUCUGGCACUGGUGGUACAGGCUUCGGUUCUGGCGCCUCUGGAUCUAUCCAUGGAGUUGGUUCUACAGGAACUGGCUUUGGAGCUGGCACUAGUGGCACAGGCUUCGGUUCUGGCGCCUCUGGCACUGCCAGCACAGGAUUCGGUUCUGGCGCCUCUGGCACUGCCAGCACAGGAUUUGGUUCUGGCGCCUCUGGAUCUGCCCAUGGAGUUGGUUCUAAAGGCACUGGCUUUGGGGCUGGCACUAGUGGCACAGGCUUCGGUUCUGGCGCCUCUGGCACUGCCAGCACAGGCUUCGGUUCUGGCGCCUCUGGCACUGCCAGCACAGGAUUUGGUUCUGGCGCCUCUGGAUCUGCCCAUGGAGUUGGUUCUAAAGGCACUGGCUUUGGGGCUGGCACUAGUGGCGUGGCACAGGCUUCGGUUUCUGGCGCUUCUGGCACUGCCAGCACAGGAUUCGGUUCUGGCGCCUCUGGAUCUGCCCAUGGAGUUGGUUCUACAGGCACUGGCUUUGGGGCUGGCACUAGUGGCACAGGCUUCGGUUCUGGCGCUUCUGGCACUGCCAGCACAGGAUUCGGUUCUGGCGCCUCUGGAUCUGCCCAUGGAGUUGGUUCUACAGGCACUGGCUUUGGGGCUGGCACUAGUGGCACAGGCUUCGGUUCUGGCGCUUCUGGCACUGCCAGCACAGGAUUCGGUUCUGGCGCCUCUGGAUCUGCCCAUGGAUGGCACAGGCUCUUCGGUUCUGGCGCUUCUGGCACUGCCAGCACAGGAUUCGGUUCUGGCGCCUCUGGAUCUGCCCAUGGAGUUGGUUCUACAGGCACUGGCUUUGGGGCUGGCACUAGUGGCACAGGCUUCGGUUCUGGCGCCUCUGGCACUGCCAGCACAGGAUUCGGUUCUGGCGCCUCUGGAUCUGCCCAUGGAGUUGGUUCUAAAGGCACUGGCUUUGGGGCUGGCACUGGUGGUACAGGCUUCGGUUCUGGCGCCUCUGGAUCUGCCCAUGGAGUUGGUUCCACAGGCACUGGCUUUGGGGCUGGUACUGGUUCAGGUGUUGGGGCAGGCUUUGGGGCAGGCACGUCACAAGGCGGAAGCGCCUCAGGCUCUGGCUUCGGAGCUGGCGCCUCUGGAUCCCAGUUCGGCUCAGGCUCGCAUGGUGCAGCUGGUUCAGGCUCACAUGGUGCAGCUGGUUCAAGCUCUGGGUCCGGUUUCGGAGCUGGUUCCUCUGGAUCCCACUUUGGCUCAGGCUCGCAUGGUGCAGCUGGCUCAGGCUCAGGCUCUGGGUCUGGCUUCGGAGCUGGCGCCUCUGGAUCCCAGUUCGGCUCAGGCUCGCAUGGUGCAACUGGCUCAGGCUCACAUGGUGCAGCUGGUUCAAGCUCUGGGUCUGGCUUCGGAGCUGGUUCCUCUGGAUCCCACUUUGGCUCAGGCUCACAUGGUGCAGCUGGUUCAAGCUCUGGGUCUGGCUUCGGAGCUGGCGCCUCUGGAUCCCACUUUGGCUCAGGCUCGCAUGGUGCAGCUGGCUCAGGCUCUCGUGGUGCAGCUGGCUCAGGCUCAGGCUCUGGGUCCGGUUUCGGAGCUGGCGCCUCUGGAUCCCAGUUUGGCUCAGGCUCACAUGGUACAGCUGGCUCAGGCUCAGGUUCUGGGUCUGGCUUCGGAGCUGGUGCCUCCGGAUCCCAUUUCGGCUCAGGCUCACAUGGUGCUGCUGGUUCCUCUGGUCACAGACAUUCGGGAUCAAGUGGCGGAAGUGGGCAGGCGGUGUCCAUACAGUUCAUUGGUGGUGAAGUGGACGAUAGCAAUGAAGUAACUGUCCUCAGAGGACCCUCACUCAUCGUGGGAGGACGUCCUGUAGGUGGAGGUGGCCAUGUAACCGCAGGAGGCCAGCUGAUUGGAGGAGGCCACCUAAAUGUAAUAGGCCAUACAGGAGGAGUUCGCCCUGGAAGCGGAGGGGCCGUUGGUGCUGCGGCAGGACACAGGGGAGCAGGCACCAGCGUCAGCUUCUCAAGCACUUCCACAGGCUCAGGCCCCGUGCACGCCGGCUCCUGCCCCGCCAUCGGCCAGUGCUCAGGGUCCGCCUCCUACAGCACGCCCUGCCAGAACGACGGUUCCUGCGGCCCUUCGGAAAAGUGCUGCUUCGACACUUGCAACAACAACAGCGUGUGGGUCUGCAAGCCAGCAGCAAGCAAGAAAUGGUAGAUCCCUCCGCGAGACACACGUCGACGCGUUUCUCCCUACCGCGCGUACGCCGACCGCUGGAUGCCGAUGGGUGUUCUAGGUAUUAGUAAAGAAUGAGGAUUAUGACUUUAAACAGCUAUAGUUUUCGUACCGUUUCCAUAUCGAGGUCCUGCCAUCCUUGCUUGCUGAUAUAUUUCAAGAUAAAUAAAAACAAAAUGUUAUAAAAACACAAACUACAUCAACAUGGACAAGUAGAACAGGAUGUAAUGGGUUGUAACCACCAAAACAACAUUCAGUUACAUGGAACAAUUAACACGAAAAACAUCACAAGCAGUCAGGAAAAAGGAUCACAAAGUGACCUUGCAUUUGGCUGUUUAUUCUGUGCCUUCGCCGCCAAUGUCACGCCAGGGCUACGCCGAAAUAAAGAUCAUUUAUAAGA